CCCGACUCAAUUUUUAAGUUUAAAACUCUGUACAGACAUGGUCCGGGCGACGCAGUAGCCGGACGCAUGGAUAGGUCUAAUCGCAUAGCACUAGGAACGUCCAGGCAUUCGUAAAUAAGAAAGUGUAAAACACACAACGGCAGAGAAAACCCUAGCUUCCUAACCUUCCAUUAAUAAUUUAAACAAUGUUUUCCUUCCAUCUAUAGAAAUGUUCAUGCACCCAAGACUCCUUUCCACAGUCCCUCAUAAUGUCGUCAUUCUCUCGCCUUCUUCGUCUUUUCGGCGAUACCCGAAGCAUUUCCAAAGGCAUAGCUCUCCACGCCAAGAUCAUCAUAUCAGGGAUUCCCCGAGAUAUAUACACAAACAAUCAUUUGCUGGCAAUGUACGUAAAAUUCGACCGUAUUGCUUAUGCACGUAAACUAUUCGAUGAAAUGCCUGAAAGAAACGUUAUUUCGUGGACGGCGUUGAUUUCGGGAUAUUCUCAAAUUGGUAUGGCGGAAAAGGCCCUAGGUUGCUUCAGUUUGAUGAUUAAUGAUGGUUUGGAGCCAAACUAUUAUACUUUUGUCAGUGCUGUUUCGGCUUGUGCUAGUUUAGGUGAUGAUAGAGCUGGUAAGGAAGUUCACGGAAGGAUUUAUAGGAGUGGGGUGGAUUUUAGUACACCUGUUAGUAACAGUUUGAUUAAUAUGUAUGGGAAAUGUGGGUUGUUGAAGUCAGCUCAGCUGGUGUUUGAUUCUAUGUUGGAGCCGAAUUUAAUUUCUUGGACUUCACUUCUUUCUUGUUAUAGUCAACAGGGAGAAAACGUGAAAUGUUUGAAGAUUUUCUUGCUGUCAAGAAGGGUGGGUGUGCGAACUAAUGAGUUUGCUUGUGCAAGUAUGUUGAGUGCAUGUGCAGGAUUGGAAGACUUGAAGGUUGGAAUGCAAAUACAUUGCUUGGUGGUCAAAUGUGGAUUUGAGUUUGACAAAUUUGUUGAAACGGGAUUGAUAAGUGUUUAUACAAAGUGUGGAGACUUGAAUUUGGCUUGUCAGGUGUUUUUGGACGUAAAUCAGUCGAACUUGGCAGCUUGGACUUCAUUAAUUGGAGGGUAUGUUCAACAAGGCAAGAGAGGAGAAGCCAUUGAUCUUUUUCUUAAGCUGCACUCUUCAGGAAUAAAGCCUAGUGAAAGAACAUUCUCUUCUGUACUUGGAGCCUUUGCUGAUGCAGAAGUUAUUGAAGUUGGGAAGCAGCUUCAUGCUUUGAUCAUUAAAAUGGGAUAUAGUUCAUUUAUAUUUGUCGGAAAUGCAGUUUUAGACUUUUACUCAAAAUGUGGACUUUUUCAGGAAUCAUUGAGAAAUUUUGAAGAUAUGGAUGAGCAUGAUAUAGUGUCAUGGAAUUCUUUGAUCUCUGGGCAUGUUGGGUCAGGUCAAUAUGGGGAUGCCAUUGAACUCCUAAAAGAUAUGUUAUUUCAAGGAUAUAAACCUAAUCUUUACACAUAUUCUAGCAUGUUGAGUAUCUGUAGUGAUGUGCCAGCUAUCGAAUGGGGAAAGCAAACACAUUGCUGUAUCAUAAAACCUGCAUUUGAUUCCAAUGUCAUUGUUGGAAGUGCCCUCAUAGACAUGUAUGCAAAGUGUGGGAAACUGAAUGCUGCUCAAAAAGUUUUUGAUUAUCUAACUUCAAAAAAUUUGGUUUCUUGGAAUACUAUGCUUGCAGGAUAUGCUCUACAUGGUUUUGUGAGAGAAGCACUAGAGAUCUAUAGUAGGAUGCAGAUAAGUUCUGUCAAACCUAAUGAUGUUACGUUCAUCGGGGUAUUAUCUGCUUGUGCACAUGCAGGUCUUUUAAAGGAAGGCUUGUACUACUACAAUUCCAUGAUCAGGGACCAUGGUAUUGCACCAAGGCUGGAGCAUCUAGCUUCUAUUGUCAACCUUCUUGCUCGUAAAGGAGAAAUUGGAAGAGCUUAUGAGUUCAUAAGGAGUUUCCCUAUGGAGCCAAGCAAGGUGGUUUGGCGAUGUCUUUUGUCAGGCUGCAAAACUCACAAGGAUCUAAUCUUAGGAAGACUUGCAGCAGAGAAAAUUUUGAGUAUUGAUCCGGAAGAUACUUCAGCUCAUAUUAUGCUAUCAAACAUUUACGCAGAUGCCAAAAUGUGGGAUGAAACAGCGCAAUUGAGAAAAAUUAUGAAGGAGAAAGAAAUAAAGAAAGAUAGAGGAUGCAGCUGGACUGAAUUGAAGAAUAAGGAUAUUUUCCUGAUGCCUUGUUCUAUUUUCACAGUGAGUGAGCUGAGGAUGUGA